GUUCGAGUUGUUACUAUGGAUGCAGAGCUGGAGUUUGCCAUCCAGCCAAACACUACAGGCAAACAGCUGUUUGACCAGGUGGUUAAAACCAUAGGUUUGCGAGAAGUGUGGUACUUUGGUCUUCAGUAUGUGGAUAACAAAGGAUUCCAGACUUGGCUGAAGCUUGAUAAAAAGGUUUCUGCUCAAGAAAUCAGAAAGGAGAAUCCCCUCCAGUUCAAAUUUCGUGCCAAGUUCUUCCCGGAGGAUGUGGCUGAAGAGCUGAUCCAGGACAUCACGCAGAAGCUCUUCUUCCUGCAGGUGAAGGAAGGGAUCCUCAGCGAUGAGAUCUACUGUCCUCCUGAAACGGCAGUACUUCUUGGCUCCUAUGCUGUGCAGGCCAAAUUUGGAGAUUACAACAAAGACGUGCACAAGCCUGGAUACCUCAAUUCAGAACGUCUGAUUCCCCAAAGGGUGAUGGACCAGCAUAAACUCUCCAGAGAGCAGUGGGAAGAACGGAUCCAGGUGUGGCAUGCUGAACACAGUGGCAUGCUCAAAGAGAAUGCCAUGCUGGAAUACCUGAAGAUUGCUCAAGACCUGGAGAUGUAUGGAAUUAACUACUUUGAAAUCAAGAAUAAGAAAGGAACCGACCUUUGGCUGGGAGUUGAUGCCUUGGGGCUCAACAUCUAUGAGAAGGAUGAUAAACUGACUCCAAAGAUUGGGUUCCCCUGGAGCGAAAUCAGAAACAUCUCUUUCAAUGACAAGAAGUUUGUUAUAAAGCCUAUUGACAAGAAGGCACCAGACUUUGUGUUUUACGCCCCUCGUCUGAGAAUUAACAAGAGGAUCCUGCAGCUCUGCAUGGGCAACCAUGAACUGUAUAUGCGGCGCAGGAAGCCCGACACCAUUGAGGUGCAACAGAUGAAAGCCCAGGCCCGGGAGGAGAAGCACCAGAAACAACUGGAAAGGCAACAACUAGAAAAUGAAAAGAAGAAGAGGGAGAUAAUUGAGAGAGAGAAAGAACAAAUGUUGAGGGAGAAGGAGGAGCUGCUGGUGAGGCUACAAGAGUAUGAGGUGAAGACUCAGAAAGCAGAGAAAGAGCUCUCGGAUCAGAUCCAAAGAGCCAUUCAGCUGGAGGAGGAACGGAGACGAGCCCAGGAGGAAGCGGAACGCUUGGAAGCAGAUCGUUUGGCUGCUCUGCAGGCCAAGGAGGAGCUGGAGAGGCAAACUAUGGACCAGAUGAAGAGCCAGGAACAGCUGGCUACUGAGCUUGCCGAGUAUACAGCCAAGAUUGCACUUCUUGAGGAGGCAAGGAGGCGUAAAGAGAGUGAGGUUGAAGAGUGGCAAAUCAGAGCCAAGGAAGCCCAGGAGGAUCUGGUAAAGACAAAGGAGGAGCUACACCUGGUAAUGACUGCUCCGCCGCCACCCCCACCACCUGUCUAUGAGCCAGUGAACUACCAUGUCCAAGAUAACUUGCAAGAUGAAGGAUCCGAGUACUCUGCCUACAGCGCAGAGUUCUCCAGCGAGGGGAUCAGGAAUGACCGCAAUGAGGAGAUACGCAUUACUGAAGCAGAGAAGAACGAACGUGUACAGAGGCAACUGAAGGCGCUGACAGAUGAGCUGGCCCAGGCUAGAGAUGAAAAUAAGACGACCCACAAUGAUAUUAUCCACUCAAACAACAUGCGACAGGGACGUGACAAGUACAAGACACUGCGGCAGAUCCGGCAAGGCAACACCAAGCAGAGAAUUGAUGAGUUUGAGGCGAUGUAAUGAUGCUGUAACAAGAAGGCAGGACUGUGGGAAAGGCAGAUCUUGAUGCUGUGUUCUCGUUUUGGGGUUUUUUUGUUUUGCGUUUGUUUUUUCCCUGAGGAGGGGUCACUGUAUGACACUUAACAACCGUUCUCUAAACCCAGAGGUGUUUGAAUCUCCCUUUUAUUCCAUAUCUUGUAUUAAAUUUGGUAUAGUUAAAAA